AUGUUGGAAGAAAGUGGCGGAAAGGAGGAAAAAAAGAGAGAAUUCCCAACUGUAUCAGGUAGCUUGUGGAAAUGGAGAUGGGAUCUGGGUUUGGGCUCAGCCAGCUCUGUUUUCUUCUUGCAGAACCACCCGUCCCUGCUGCAGUUGGUGGUACAAGCUGAAGGGCAACGUCUGGUCAUCCACCUGGAGAGGAACGAGGGCCUGUUAGCCAGCAGCUUCACAGAAACACAUUAUUUGAAGGAUGGUACUGAUGUGGUUCUCGCACGCAAUUACACGGGUCACUGCUAUUACCAUGGAAAUGUACAGGGGUACCCCAGUUCGUCAGUCAGUCUCAGUACCUGCUCUGGACUCAGGGGAAUUAUUGUGUUUGCAAACAAAAGCUACAUUCUGGAGCCAUUAGAAGGUGCUGUAAGCGAACACAAGAUCUACCCAGCAGAGAACUUGGAAAUAAUUCCAGGAUCCUGUGGCCACCAGCUGGACAUCUCUGCCAUGAGGGCCACUGACACGUCGCACCGCUCUCAAGCCAGCAGGUACAAGAGGGAGACUCUGAAGACGACAAAGUAUGUGGAGCUUGUUAUUGUGGCAGAUAAUCGUGAGUUUCAGAGACAAGGCAAGGAUGUGGAAAAAAUUAAGCAGAGGCUGAUAGAAAUUGCAAACUAUGUUGAUAAGUUCUAUAGGCCUCUAAAUAUCCGAGUAGCCCUGGUUGGAGUGGAAGUGUGGAACGACAUGGAUAAGUGCUCUAUUUCUCAAGAUCCUUUCACCAGCCUCCAUGAGUUUCUGGACUGGAGAAAGCUAAAACUACUACCUCGUAAACCCCAUGACAAUGCACAGCUAAUAAGCGGGGUGUACUUCCAGGGGACAACCAUUGGCAUGGCUCCCAUCAUGAGCAUGUGUACUGCAGAGCAGUCUGGAGGGGUCGUCAUGGAUCAUUCAGAAAACCCUCUAGGUGCAGCAGUCACCCUGGCUCAUGAGCUGGGCCACAAUUUUGGGAUGAAUCACGAUACGUUGGAAAGGGGCUGCAACUGCAAAGCAUCUACUGACAAAGGAGGUUGCAUCAUGAAUCCUUCUACAGGCUAUCCAUUUCCCAUGGUGUUCAGCAGCUGCAGUAGAAAGGACCUGGAAAACAGCCUGGAGAAAGGAGUGGGGAUGUGUCUGUUUAACUUGCCUGAAGUCAAGGAGUCCUUUGGUGGACAGAAGUGUGGGAAUGGCUACGUGGAAGAUGGAGAGGAGUGUGACUGUGGGGAGCCUGAUGAAUGUACAAACCGGUGCUGCAAUGCAACCACCUGCACUCUGAAGCCAGGAGCAGUCUGUGCACAUGGGCUUUGCUGCGAAGACUGCAAGUUAAAACCAGCGGGGAUUUCUUGCAGAGAGUCGAGCAAUUCCUGUGACCUGCCAGAGUUCUGCACAGGAGCCAGCCCUCAUUGCCCAGCUAAUGUGUACCUGCACGAUGGGCAUGCGUGCCACGGGGUGGAUGGCUACUGCUACAAUGGCAUCUGCCAGACCCACGAGCAGCAGUGCAUCACCCUCUGGGGCCAGGGUGCCAAACCCGCUCCUGGGAUCUGCUUUGAGAGAGUCAAUUCUGCAGGCGAUCCAUACGGCAACUGUGGCAAAGACUCCAAGAGCUCCUUCGCCAAGUGUGAGCCCAGAGAUGCUAAAUGUGGAAAAAUUCAGUGUCAAGGAGGAGCCAAUCGACCUGUAAUUGGUACCAAUGCUGUUUCCAUAGAAACCAAUAUCCCACUUCAGGAAGGUGGCAAGAUCCUGUGUCGUGGCACCCACGUGUAUCUAGGGGAUGAUAUGCCUGACCCUGGUCUCGUGCUGUCAGGAACCAAGUGUGAAGAUGGAAAAGUAAGGACUUGAAAUACUCUUGGACAAGGAGAACAUCACUGCCCUCACGACACAAACUAUUCUGUACCAAAUUGGUUGGGGUUUGCUUUGGAUCUUCAUUUUAACUCUUCACAAGAGAAUUGGUGGGCGCUUAUUGUUUCUCCUGCUCUCACUGCGUUAGAUGCUUACACUCUUCUUCUGACUGCUCUUCUGGAUUACAGAUGUACAGAUGCAUUUGGCUAGUUGCUUAAGUUCAUAGCCCUUUUUCUUUAGGACAGUCCUGAGUAUCUGUCCAGUUAGGUUAAAGGUUCCUUGCAAAAUACAUUAUGAAAUUCUGAGGAGCUCAUGGUAUUCACCUUGGAAGUAUUGCAGUUAAGCUACUAUAUUUUGAUGAUUUUUUUUCUACCAGUGAUGCUAACUUUCUUAAUAUCCGUGGCAUUGCAGAAUUGUUAUGUCAC